AUGUUGCUGCUGCUGCGAGGGUUCCGUCUAUCCCCGGGGGUUGCUGCAGCGGCUUUGCUGCUGCUGCUGGGCUGCUGCUGGCGCUGGCCGGCGCGGCGCCCCGCUGCAGCAGCAGCAGCAGCAGCAGCAGCAGCAGCAGCAGCAGCAGACUCGGAGGCGCAGCAAAAGGCUGAAGGCCUCGCAGCACUUCUCUUUUUGGAUAAUGUUGUUGAAGGAUCUUUUUGCACUUAUGAUGGAAAAGGGGAUUUGUUCGAAAACCUCGACAUGCCCCAGGGACUCACUCCUGCUGCUGCUGCGCUGGACCUCCGGGGAGAGUCUAGUUCUUCUGCGAAGGCUCUUGCUGUUGCACUUGCUGCUCACCCUGCUCCGAGCAGGCGACUUGACGGAGCAGCAGCAGCAGCAGCAGCAGCAGCAGCAGCAAAAGCAGCAGCAGCAAACGCAGCAAUGCGACAAAGUCCUGCUGCUCACGACUCCACAAUAAGGGGGGCCCUCAGAAAGCUCAAGAACAGCCCCGACUCCAUCACGCUGCUGCUGAAGUGGGACUUCAGCUGCCUUGCUGCUCAGCGGCAGCAGCGGGAGCAGCAGCAGCAGCAGCACGAGCAGCAGCAGCAGCAGCAGCCAGUUGAGGUGUAUCUGCAGCUCGACCGCGAUGUCACGCGUGCUGCUGCUGCUGCUGCUGCUGAAGCAGGAAAGGGCCAAGUGCUUUUUACCCGAGGCGUUUUUCUAAGGGACAAGGCACAGCAGCAGCAGCAGCAGCAGCAGAAGCAGCCGCAGCAGAAGCAGCAGCAGCAGCAGCAGCAGCAGCAGCAGGUGCGUUUUGCUGCUGCUCAGGAGUCGGGGCUAGAGAGCGAAGAAGAGCUGCUGCAGCUGCUGAAGGAGACAAACAGCAGCAGCUGUCUCUCCCAAGUGUCUCUGGACAUGAAGGGGACACUGACGGGGUCCGUUCCUGCUGCUGCUGCUGCUGCGCGCAGCAGCAGCAGCAGCAGCAGCAGCAGCCACCGCGCAGCAGCAGCAGCAGCAGAUGUUGAAGACCCCUACUUCCCGCUGCAGUGGCAUCUGCAAGCAGCAGAAGGUCUUUACAACUUGGGAGCUGACAAAGCCUGGCAGCAAAUGCAAAGCGCGCAGCAGCAGCAGCAGCAGCAAGUGGUGGUGGCGCUGCUGGACACUGGCUGCGGCCCCCACGAAGACAUAAAUAAUAUUUUGUGGAUUAACAGCAAAGAGGACUGCAGCGACGGAGUGGACCACGACAGCAACGGCUACGUGAACGACUGCAAGGGCUGGGACUUUGUGGAAGACACAAACGACAUCACGGACACUUAUGGGCACGGCACGGCGGUGGCUGCUCUUAUGGCUGCGAGCUUUGACAAAAAGGGGGGCAGAGGCGUUUCGCCCACUGGCCGCGUGAUGUGUCUGAGGGUUGGAGACCAGAACGGAGUUCAGCUGUCUAGACAGCUCAUGGCCAUGGACUACGCGAUCCAGCAGGGGGCUCAGGUGUCUGUACACCCCUUCAGCCUCGCCACGGAGAACGAAGUAUACCGGGAGGCUUUUGAAAAGCUGCUUUCUUCAAACCACUUGGCAGUUGUUGCUGCUGGGGACAAUAACUGCGACUUGGACGAAGACACAUGCAAGUGCGCCUAA